GACAUCAUUGAUAUUGUGAGCGGUGUAAACCGAGAGCGGACUGGGUGUGAGGCGCAGCCACGCAGCGGAGAAUCAGCGACUUUUAGGCUUUUAUUUAUAUUUUAUUUCUCUGACUUCAGUCCAAAAUGCAGUGAAGUCGAAGCGCCGCAGCGGGAGGGACGGAGAGGCAGCGCGGCGUGCGGGCUGCGCGUUCAGGUCACGCAUCUCUGAGGCUAUGAUCCGUCCCGGACUCCGUCGGCGCGCCGCUGUCCAUGGUCCUGACUGAGACGGAGCGACCACAGAGCCGAGAGGUGAAGCGCUCCGGAGCGAUGGAGCUCCGCGUUGGGAACAAAUAUCGCCUCGGGAGGAAGAUCGGCAGCGGGUCCUUUGGAGACAUUUACCUGGGCUCAAACAUCGCCACAGGAGAGGAAGUGGCCAUCAAGCUGGAAUGUGUGAAGACCAAACAUCCGCAGCUCCACAUUGAGAGCAAGUUCUACAAAAUGAUGCAGGGAGGAGUGGGAAUUCCCUCCAUCAAGUGGUGCGGCGCCGAGGGAGACUACAACGUCAUGGUGAUGGAGCUGCUGGGCCCCAGCUUGGAGGAUUUGUUUAACUUCUGCUCCCGCAAAUUCAGCCUGAAGACGGUCCUGCUGCUGGCCGAUCAGAUGAUCAGCCGGAUCGAAUACAUCCACUCCAAGAACUUCAUCCACAGAGACGUGAAACCCGACAACUUCCUGAUGGGCCUCGGGAAGAAGGGCAACCUGGUCUACAUCAUCGACUUCGGCCUGGCCAAGAAGUACCGGGACGCUCGAACACACCAGCACAUCCCCUACCGCGAGAACAAGAACCUGACCGGGACGGCGCGAUACGCCUCCAUCAACACCCACCUGGGCAUCGAGCAGUCGAGACGAGACGACCUGGAGUCUCUGGGUUACGUCCUCAUGUACUUCAACCUGGGUUCGCUGCCCUGGCAAGGACUCAAGGCUGCGACCAAGAGGCAGAAGUACGAACGCAUCAGUGAAAAGAAAAUGUCCACUCCUAUCGAGGUGCUCUGCAAAGGAUACCCCUCCGAGUUCUCUACCUACCUGAACUUGUGUCGCUCUCUGCGGUUCGAUGACAAGCCCGACUACUCGUACCUGAGGCAGCUGUUCAGGAACCUUUUCCACAGGCAGGGAUUCUCCUACGACUACGUCUUCGACUGGAACAUGCUGAAGUUUGGUUCCAGCAGGACAGCAGAGGACGGGGAGCGAGAGAGGAGAGAAGGGAAGGAAGGGGAGGACCGAGCCGGCGCGGGUCAGAGAGGAGCCGGAGGCCGAGCCCUGCCUCCAGGUCCGAACCCUUGUGCCGCCAACCGAGUCCGGAACGAGCCAGAGACGGCUCCUUCCAACCAGGCGUCGCGUGGAGCCCAGCCGUCAGGAAACCGGUCGCCUCAGGCGGGCCGGGCCGAGAGAGCCGAGAGAGAAAGGAAGGUGGCGAUGAGGCUCCACCGCGGCGCCCCCGCCAACGUCUCGUCCUCUGACCUCACUGCACGCCUCGACCAAUCACGCAUCACUGCCUCACAGGUCAGUGUCCCGUUUGAACAUCUGGCAAAGUGACAUCCUGCUGGCGAGCUGCAGCAACCGAAGGGCAUCGAACCCCCGACUUUCAAAUCCAAAUCGAACAAAUGAAGGCAUGAAUGGUGAGGGAGGCGGUGGGCGAGCGAGGACCCAGAGCGUCUGUCCGUGUGUCUGCCGGUGGGAGCAAAGCCUGAUGGGAAACCAGUGGAAGAAGGAGAACCUCCAGCUGAACCAGUUUGGGCUUCGAUCAGCGCUGGUACCGGGAGCUGGGCGCUAAGCUUCGCUCCUCUUCACCUUCACAUCAACACUGAGGCUCAAUUUGCACAAAAAACAGAAUGAAAACAUCAAAGUGCACAAAAAGGACUAAAAUUACACAACUGUGAUUUAUACGUGUAGUCGAUCAAAAAAGAUCAAUUUGCUUUUGUUUGAGAGUUAAAUCUGCAGCUUCUGCUGUUAUUUAUUCUGAUCUAAAGUUGAAGCCAGAUAUUUACAUACUCUGUAUAAAACGACAUUCUCACACUCUGAGGGUAAUUUUCCUGUUUUACCCCAGUUAGGGCAAACCUUAUUUCUAUUAGUUCAAUGUCAGGUUUAUGAGGAAAACAAUAUUUCUUAAUUUCCUCUCAAUUCGGAUCAAAGCUUCUCAGGAUGGUUUGCUGGAGUGGAUCCAAACGUUUCAGUUUUUCCUCUGAUUGGAUUCCAUUAAAAUCUUUAAUCAAGUUCAUUUCAGGGUCUUUAAUUAAUUAGUCAAUUUAAUCAAAAACGAGCAACAAAAUCUCAAUUCAAAACCCCGAUCAUCCAUGGAGCUUCUGGAUUGUGGAUGCUAACGUUAGCACUAGCUAAUGCUAACAUGUUUAGCAUUAAGAUGCUAUCUCAGGCUAGCAUAGCUUUGCUGACAGGCCGCCUUCUUUUAACAACAGCAGUCUUUUCCAGCAUCCAAUCAGAUUAAAGCAGAAAUUAACCAGAGAAGAAGCUUCAUCCUCCAUCGCUCUUCUGUGUGCGUCAUAUUUACGGCCGUACCAGAAACGCAUGAAUACAAAGGUUCCGAACAAAAAAGAUUCAUUAAAAUUUUUACUGCAAUUAAUUCAAAUCAACGUGUCAAAGUUCCUGUGAUGCUUGUCUCUGUGUCUGUCUACAGACUGUAAAUUGUUUUUUUAUGUUUCUUUUUUUAGCGAUGGCUUCUUCAUCUCCGAGCCGUUCAGCCCAGACUGAACGACGUGGAAACUGAGCUAUUUUCAAACAAUAAGUUUAGUUUUUGAUGCUGUUUUACGCCAAACUGCAAAAACACAAAAUCUACCAGGUAUUUUUGUCCAGUUUCUGCUGCAAACAUCUUAUUACACCUGAAACAAGACAAAACUGACUUGCAAGACAUAGUAAAUAAUUUCUUUAUACUAUUGAAAAAGCUUCAGUUUCACUGGUCAAAUCUCAUAAACUUGGUUUAUGAAUGUUUAAAUUCAAAGAAAUUCUUUAUAAGUUGUUUAAAAUGCUGAUAUCUAUCAAACCAGGAUGGUUUAUGUACGGUAAUCCUUACUGCCCUAAAACAGGAAAAGCUUACUGUGAUUUAUUGUCAGAACCUUUUUACACAGAGGAUUUAUAUCUGGUUUCAACCUGCAGCCUUGGAAGCUAAAUCAAAAGUUUGGGUCUCAGUCGGAGAGGAUCAGAGGAAAAGAGUGAAUGUGAGAAAAUCUGCAGUGAAAAAGUUUCUGCUUUUGGAAAGUCUCCAUCUUUGUUCGUGUUCUUGUGUCUUGCUUCUGUUUCGCCUUCAGCUUUGCUUUAAGGACUCAGAGGAAAUGUCCGGAUCAGGAAAGACGUGAAGAAGAUUAACGAAUAAAGUUAAUCGAACGUGAGCAAGUGGACGUGUACAGCAGCAGGAGUGUAGAUACGACUCAGCAAAAUGUGACAGAAAGCUUAUUUUUCUUUCAUAAACCUUUAGAGUCUGAGACAAAAAGGAAAAACUGGUGACUGUUUUCCUUUUUCCUGCUUUGGUUUUAUGACUAUAUUGGUGUUUAUUUUCAGAUUCAAUAAAAGUAUACGCAGCUUA